AAGUUCUAACUGAAAGUCUGAAACUACUAGAUUUAGUUGAUAGCGUUUGUUGUUUUCUUAGAUACACUCGGUCUCUAGAAUAUGAAGACGAUUUAUUUGAUAAAUAUAUAUUAUCUGAAGUAGUUACUUUUAAUUUACGAGAUCCAAAAUAG